CUCCUGGUGUUGCGAUAUCACCAUGACCGAACCCGCUUGACAUCGCUAUGACGCAUGGCCUAUAUGUUAUACAAGGACGCCCCUACGGACAAUUACUACAUUAUCAAAUCGAGUGGACAUCACCUCAAUCAAUUCCAACCCCGUCAAUUAACUCAGAUUCUCAAUUAAUCAAUAUCUAUUUCCUCCACAUACCAAAAUGUCCGAAAGCAACCCGACCAACCUCACGCAGCGCCAACCCACCGACGCUAAAAACGUCGACAUCAACCCCCCAAACGCACACGAUACCACCGAUAAGGCCCUUAACAAGGGCUCAUUCCCAGGCCCCGGCGGCAAUGCCACCGCACGCGCACCACAGCAGCCGCAUUCGAGCAAGGUGCCGAACAAGUUGGAUCCGCGGUACAACAGUGAUAUUAUCGAGGCGACGGAGAAGGAGAAAGGCGGCGGGCUUUAAUCGGUGGAUAUGGUUGUGAUGUACUAUGUUCUGCUCACGUUAUGAAUGACGAUGCUGUAUUAUACCAACAACGGAAGCUUUUAUACGUAUUACACCUGGAUUGAAUAGCACGCGAAACUAUUAUAUACCAUGCAAUGUAUCAUGUUAGGA